GUGGGCCCGGGCUGUAGCCCUGCCUCGCCGCCACCUCUGCCUGCCACCUCCUUGGUUGCACCAACCUGGCUUCCCUUGCCUCGGUUUCUCUAUGGGCAGCAUCGCGCGGAUGCGGGCGGGCGGCGCUCAGAUGCGCGCGCCGGAGGCGUCGGCAGACACGGUCCGCGCGCCGGCGUGCGCGCUGCCGCCUCGGCCUGGGGAGGCUGGGUGCCCCUGGCUGCGCGCCACCUCGGGCGGGUUCUCGCCUCUUCCGGCGCCCGGGGCUGUGCUCGCCCGGCGCGCGCUGCUACCGUUGCCGGGGCGCCGAUUUGCUAAGGAAGCCGUUGCCACGAACGGCCGCCCCGCUCACGGCUCCCGGCCCGGCUGCUGCAGGGGCCAUGGACGACCUGCGGGUGCUGUGGAUGCGCGACCGCGUCUACACGGCCUUCGGCCUCACUGACCCGCAGCUCUUCGAGGAGCUGCUGAACCGCAACGACGGCGAGGUGGAGGACCUCAUCCUGCACUUCCUCAACCAGUCCAGCGACGAGGAGGGCGCCUUGACGCUCUUCUUCUAUCGCAAAGUGGUGCCUGAGGAGGUGGAGGUGGAGAUCGACGGCGAGAUACCGGCCACAGCUGAGGAGGAUGAGGAGGCAGAAGAGCCUGAUUAUCGAAGAGUUGAGUCUGUGGAAAAAGCCUCAGCUAAGAAUUUGCAACUGAGAAACUCUCCCACAUAUCAGGCUCUAAUCAACGUAGAGGAUGAAGACGUGAACAAAGAGAAUUUAGAAAACCUCUUCACAAAAAAAAUCGUUAAGGACAUCAUGGAAAAGACAUAUCUCCAGGUGCUUUGCACUCCUGUUCCUGAGGAGUUUAUGGACCAGAAUGUGGUGUUUUUUCUCAGAAAUACCAAAGAGGCAAUCCCUGAAGCUACGGACAUGAAGGAGGCCAUGGAAAUCAUGCCUACAAGCAUGGAGUAUGGAAUUACAAAUGCUAAGGCACUUAGUUUCAUGAAGAACAUUGUAUGUCAGGUUUUCUUGCCAGCUUUGUCCUUCAAUCAGCACAAGGAGGCAGCCAUGGGAUAUGUGUCUGGAGAAAUCUCUGACUCUUAUGAAAUUGACCUACCUAACAUGCCUGGGGAGGCAGUAGAAUAUCACAGCAUUCAAUUAAUGCGGGAUGAAUUUUUAAUGAACGUCCAGAAAUUUGCAAAUUGUAUUCGAAGGACGAUGCAGCAACUUGAAGGUGAGAUCAAGUUAGAAAUGCCAAGCAUCAGUGUAGAGGGAGACGUGUCUGACUUGGCAGCUGACCCGGAAACCAUUGAGAUCUUGGAGCAGUGUGUGAUAAACUGGUUGAAUCAGAUAUCCGCAGCCAUUGAGAGCCAGCUGAAAAAGACACCUCAGGGUCAUGGUCCUCUGGCUGAAAUCGAAUUCUGGCGGGAAAGAAAUGCAACCCUAAGCGCACUCCAUGAACAAACGAAGCUUCCGAUAGUCAGAAAAGUCUUCAAUGUGAUCAGGGAGUCAGAGUCGAUGCUUGGGGCUAACCUGCAGCCAGUCUUAACUGAGUUAUUCAAGUUACACAUGGAGGCCUCAGACAACGUGCGGUUUCUUUCGACUGUGGAACGUCAUUUCAAGAACAUAACGCAUGGGUCUAGCUUUCACGUGGUCUUGGAGACCAUCCCCUCCAUGAUGAGUGCCCUGAAGAUUGUGUGGAUCAUCUCCCGACACUACAAUAAAGACGAGAGGAUGAUCCUGCUCAUGGAGCGCAUAGCCUGGGAAAUUGCUGAAAGGGUCUGCAAAGUGGUGAAUCUGCGGACUUUGUUCAAAGAAAAUCGAGCAAGUGCACAGCACAAAACCCUGGAAGCCAGGAACACCCUCAACACAUGGAAAAAGGCCUAUUUUGACACCAGGGCAAAGAUCGAGGCUUCAGGGAGAGGAGCUCGGUGGGAGUUUGAUCAGAAACGGCUGUUUGAGAGAACAGAUUACAUGGCCAACAUCUGCCAGGACCUCUGUGACAUUUUGCAGGUUAUGGAGGAAUUCUACAACAUAUUUGGCUCAGAACUAAAAGCAGUGACGGGGGAUCCCAAGCGCAUCGAUGAUGUCUUGUGCAGGGUGGACAGCUUGGUCACCCCCAUGGAAAACCUGACCUUUGACGCCUUCAGCAUCAAGUCCUCUCAGGACUGGAAAUAUGUGAUGGAUAACUUCAAGAUUGAAGUUCUGGUUAUUGAGAAAGAAGCAAAAAAUUUUAUUGAUGAAUCUUUUAAAACACUUCGAUCAGCUGAAGCAGCAUUUGACAUGCUUUUAAAAUUUAAGCACAUUCGUUCACGGGAGGCUAUUAGUCGACAAAUGAUGAUGAAAUUUAAUGAUAUUCUUGCACAGUACUGUAAAGAGAUUGACAUAGUCAAUAAAAUCUUUGUUCAGAACCUUGACAAUCCCCCACUGUACAAGAAUCACCCUCCGGUAGCCGGUGCCAUCUACUGGGAACGGUCUCUGUUUUUUCGGAUUAAACACACCAUCCUUCGAUUUCAAGAAGUAGAGGGGAUAUUGGACAGUGAUCAAGGAAGAGAAGUGAAACAGAAAUAUUUGGAAGUGGGCCGGGCAAUGAAGAACUACGAAGACAGGAAGUAUGAGCAGUGGAAGGAGGCAACAGAACAGAUGCUGCCAACUCUCAUGAAGAAGAGUCUGCUCACUAAGAUCUCCACUGCUGCUGCUGACACUGUGAGCAUUGACAGGGGGAGCACUUUCACAGUCAAUUUUUCACCUGCUCUCAGGGAGAUUAUUCAUGAAACCAAGUACUUGGAACAGCUGGGGUUCCCUGUUCCUGAAUUAGCAAAGAAUGUGGCUCUCCAGGAGGACAAAUUUCUUAGGUACACAGAUGGCAUACAGCGCAUGUUGGAUCAUCAUCACAUGCUCAUUGGAACGUUAAACAAGGCGGAGUCUGUUCUCCUUGAUGACCAUUCCCGGGAAUUAGGAAGAGUAUUUAGGUCUGGAUAUAAGAGGCUAAACUGGAACUCACUAGGUAUUGCUGACUAUAUAACUCGGUGCCAACAGGCCAUUGGGAAAUUCGAAUCCCUCGUCCACCAGAUUCAUAAGAAUGCAGAUGACAUUUCCACCAGACUUGCAUUAAUAGAGUCCAUAAAUCUCUUUAAAUAUCCAGCACCUAUUAGUGAUAAAGAACUCCCAGGUGUGAAGGAAUUCUUUGAGCACAUUGAACGAGAAAGGGCCAAAGAUUUGGACCACAUGGUCAGGUGGUAUCUUGCCAUUGGGCCCCUGCUGACCAAAGUCGAGGGUCUGGUCCUCUACACCAACACGGGCAAGGCCCCCAGGCUGGCCUCCUAUUACGAAUAUUGGGAAAAUAAGAUUUAUGAGGUCUUGACAAAGCUCAUCCUGAAGAAUCUGCAAACUUUUAAUUCUUUAAUCCUUGGAGAUGUCCCUUUGUUCCAAGCGGAAACCAUCCUGACCGCGCCUGAGAUCAUCCUUCAUCCCAACACAAAUGAGAUAGACAAAAUGUGUGUCCAUUGUGCACAAAAUUGCAUGGAGAUCACCAAGCAUUUUGUUCGAUGGAUGAACGGCAGCUGCAUAGAAUGCCCUCCUCAGAAGGGGGAGGAAGAAGAGGUUGUUACAAUAAGCUUUUACAAUGACAUUUCUAUGAACCCUCAGAUAGUUGAACAAGCCGUUAUGAUCCCUCAAAAUGUCCACAGGAUUCUGGUCAAUCUUAUGAAGUACCUACAGAAAUGGAAGAGGUAUCGACCUCUCUGGAAAUUGGACAAAGCCAUUGUGAUGGAGAAAUUUGCUGCCAGGAAACCUUCUUGUGUGGCAUACGAUGAAAAGUUGCAGUUCUAUUCCAAGAUAGCCUAUGAAGUUAUGCACCAGCCUUUAAUUAAGGAUGAGCACUGCAUCAGGCUUCAGCUAGGGCCUCUUGCAAACACAAUGCAGGAAAACGCCAAGUCCUGGGUGAUUUCGUUUGGGAAACUUCUCAAUGAGUCAGCAAAGGAGGAGCUCAAUAAUCUCCAUGAAGAAGUGGAGUACCUGGCCAAAAACCUGAAAAAAAGCCCCAGUACCCUUGAAGAUCUCAAGUUUGUCCUUUCAACAAUUGCAGAAAUUAGAAGUAAAUCUUUGGUCAUGGAGCUAAGAUACAGGGAUGUCCAGGAGCGAUACCGCACUAUGGCAAAUCAUAAUCUCUUUCCUUCUGAAGCAGAGAAAGAACUGGCUGACAAGAUUGAGAGCAUGUGGUUAAAUCUUUUUAAUGAUUCAGUGAAUGUGGAGCAUGCUCUUGGAGGCAUAAAGAGAACCUUCACAGAGAUUACUCGAGAUGAAAUAUUAAACUAUAGACAGCAGACAGAGGAUUUUGCAAAACGCUUUUAUUGUGAAGGCCCUGGGUCUGUUGGUGAAGAUCUUGAUAAAGGAGUAGAACUUUUGGCCACUUUCGAAAGAGAGCUAACAAAACAUGAAAAGAGCCGUCAGGAGCUGGCAAAUGCUGAGAAGCUUUUUGAUCUUCCCAUUACAAGGUAUCCAGAGCUAUUCAAAGUGCAGAAGGAAAUGAAUGGGCUGAAGAUGAUUUACGAGCUCUAUGAAAGACUGAAGAUUGCAAAAGAAGAAUGGUCUCAGACCCUUUGGAUCAACCUGAAUGUCCAGUUUCUCCAGGAAGGAAUCGAAGGGUUCCUCAGGUCCAUCAGGAAGCUGCCUCGGCAGGUCCGAAACUUAUCGGUGGCCUACUAUUUGGAAGCAAAAAUGAAGGCAUUCAAAGACUCAAUCCCUUUACUUCUUGACUUGAAGCAUGAGGCAUUACGAGACAGGCAUUGGAAAGAGCUUAUGGAAAAAACAGGUGUAUUUUUUGAAAUGACCGAAACAUUCACCUUAGAAAAUAUGUUUGCUAUGGAACUUCACAAACACAUGGAUGUCCUCAAUGAGAUUGUCACAUCAGCCAUCAAGGAAAUCGCCAUUGAGAAGGCUGUGAAGGAAAUCCUGGACACAUGGGAAAACAUGAAGUUUAUGGUGGUCAAGCAUUACAAAGGCACACAGGAUCGAGGCUACAUCUUGGGGCCUGUUGAUGAAAUCAUCCAGUGCCUUGAUGACAACACUUUCAACCUGCAGAGCAUCUCAGGAAGCAGAUUUGUGGAGCCUUUUCUUCAAACUGUUCACAAAUGGGAGAAAACGCUUUCUGUAAUAGGGGAAGUCAUUGAGAUUUGGAUGUUGGUUCAGAGAAAAUGGAUGUACCUGGAAAACAUUUUCAUUGGUGGAGAUAUCAGAUCACAACUUCCAGAUGAGGCAAAGAAGUUUGACAACAUCGAUAAAAUAUUUAAAAGGAUCAUGGGUGAAGCCUUAAAAGACCCCGUGAUCAAGAGAUGCUGCCAGGCCCCAAACCGUCUUCCCGACUUACAGCAUAUCAGUGAGGGCCUCGAGAAAUGCCAGAAGGGCUUAAACGACUACUUAGACUCCAAGAGGAACACUUUCCCCAGGUUCUUCUUCAUCUCUGAUGACGAGCUGCUCAGCAUCCUGGGGAGCAGCGACCCCCUCUGUGUCCAGGAGCACAUGAUCAAGAUGUAUGACAACAUAGCUUUGCUGAGGUUUAAUGACGGAGACAGUGGAGAAAAACUAGUGUCUGCCAUGAUCUCAGCAGAAGGUGAGGUCAUGGAGUUCCGGACAAUCAUACGGGCCGAGGGGCGUGUGGAGGACUGGAUGACGGCAGUUUUGAAUGAAAUGCGUAGAACUAACCGGCUGAUUACCAAAGAGGCUAUUUUCAGAUACUGUGAAGACAGAAGCAGAGUUGACUGGAUGCUCCUGUACCAAGGGAUGGUGGUGCUGGCCGCCAGCCAGGUGUGGUGGACCUGGGAGGUGGAAGAUGUCUUCCACAAGGUGCAGGCAGGGGAGAAGCAGGCCAUGAAGAACUAUGGCAGAAAAAUGCACCGGCAGAUUGACGAGCUGGUCACGCGGAUCAGCACAUCCCUAAGCAGAAAUGACCGAAAGAAAUACAACACCGUUCUCAUCAUCGACGUGCAUGCCAGGGAUAUAGUCGAUUCUUUCAUAAGAGGCAGCAUUCUCGAGGCCUGGGAGUUUGAAUGGGAAAGUCAGCUGCGGUUUUACUGGGACCGAGAACCAGACGAGCUGAACAUCCGUCAGUGCACAGGGACCUUCGGCUAUGGCUAUGAGUACAUGGGUCUGAAUGGAAGGCUGGUCAUCACACCCCUCACAGACCGGAUUUACCUGACUCUCACUCAGGCACUGUCCAUGUAUCUGGGUGGGGCCCUUGUUGGCCCAGCAGGUACUGGCAAAACCGAGACCACCAAGGACCUGGCCAAAGCCUUGGGCUUGCUCUGCAUUGUAACCAACUGUGGUGAAGGCAUGGAUUACAAAGCCAUUGGGAAGAUCUUCUCGGGCCUUGCCCAGUGUGGGGCUUGGGGCUGUUUUGAUGAGUUUAAUCGAAUUGAUGCCUCUGUGCUCUCAGUUACCUCAUCCCAGAUUCAGACCAUCCGAAAUGCUCUGAUUCAUCAGUUAGCCACAUUCCAGUUUGAAGGGCAGGAGAUCUCCCUGGACCCGAGAAUGGGCAUCUUCAUCACCAUGAACCCCGGCUACGCAGGCCGCACGGAGCUGCCUGAGUCGGUGAAGGCACUCUUCAGGCCCGUGGUGGUGAUUGUGCCUGACCUGCAGCAGAUCUGUGAGAUCAUGCUCUUCUCUGAGGGCUUUCUCUGGGCCAAGACUCUGGCCAAAAAGAUGACUGUUCUGUAUAAGCUGGCCCAGGAGCAGCUCUCCAAGCAGCAUCAUUAUGAUUUUGGACUCAGAGCCCUGAAAUCAGUGUUGGUGAUGGCUGGGGAGCUGAAGAGAGGUUCUUCCGACCUCAGAGAGGACGUAGUGCUAAUGAGGGCCCUCCGAGACAUGAAUCUGCCCAAAUUCGUGUUUGAAGACGUCCCUCUUUUCCUCGGUUUGAUUUCCGAUCUGUUUCCUGGGCUAGACUGCCCUCGAGUUCACUACCCUGAUUUCAAUGAUGCUGUUGAACAAGUGCUCAAGGAGAGUGGCUACGUGGUCUUGCCAGUCCAGGUGGAUAAAGUGGUUCAGAUGUUCGAGACCAUGUUAACCCGCCAUACAACAAUGGUGGUGGGGCCCACAGGAGGGGGCAAGUCUGUGGUCAUUAAUGCUCUGUGUCAGGCCCAGACCAAGCUUGGGGUGAUGACAAAGUUGUAUAUCCUGAACCCCAAAGCAGUGAGUGUCAUAGAGCUGUAUGGCAUCCUGGACCCCACCACCCGAGACUGGUCGGAUGGGGUGCUGUCGAACAUCUUCAGGGAGAUCAACAAGCCGACGGAUAAGAAGGAGCAAAAGUAUAUUUUAUUUGAUGGUGAUCUGGAUGCUCUAUGGGUGGAAAACAUGAAUUCGGUGAUGGAUGACAACAAGCUGUUGACGUUGGCCAAUGGUGAGCGUAUUAGGCUUCAAGCACACUGUGCUCUGCUCUUUGAGGUUGGAGAUUUACAGUAUGCCUCCCCUGCAACUGUGUCUCGAUGUGGAAUGGUAUAUGUGGACCCUAAAAACUUGAAAUAUCAACCAUACUGGAAAAAGUGGGUUAAUCAAAUACAAAACAAGGUGGAGCAAGGUGAUUUGGAGAUUCUCUUUGAGAAAUAUGUGCCCCGUCUCAUUGAUAUGAUAGUAGAAGGAAUAGUGGAUGGAAGACAAGGUGAGAAGCUGAAGACAAUAGUUCCUCAGACAGACCUAAAUAUGGUAACCCAGUUAACCAAGAUGCUGGAUGCAUUUCUAGAAGGAGAAAUAGAGGACCCUGACCUCCUGGAGUGCUACUUCUUGGAGGCUCUGUAUUGCUCCCUGGGUGCUUCCCUGCUUGAGGAUGGAAGGAUUAAAUUUGACGAAUGCAUUAAACGCCUUGCUUCUUUGCCUACUGCUGAUACAGAAGGGAUUUGGGCCAAUCCUGGGGAAUUGCCGGGUCACCUCCCAACCUUGUAUGACUUUCAUUUUGAUCCUACAUGGAAGAAAUGGAUACCAUGGAAUAAAUUAGUUCCAGAAUAUGUUCAUGACCGUGAAAGGAAAUUUAUUGACAUCCUGGUACAUACAGUGGAUACAACCCAGACCACCUGGAUGCUGGAACAGAUGGUCAAAAUUAAGCAGCCUGUUAUAUUGGUUGGUGAAUCUGGCACCUCUAAGACUGCCACUACCCAGAACUUCCUAAAAACUCUGAAUGAAGAGACCAAUAUUGUGUUAGUAGUCAAUUUCUCCUCCCGCACCACGUCCAUGGAUAUCCAAAGAAAUUUGGAAGCAAAUGUGGAAAAACGAACCAAAGACACUUACGGCCCACCCAUGGGAAAACGCCUACUAGUGUUCAUGGAUGACAUGAACAUGCCAAAGGUGGAUGAAUAUGGCACACAGCAGCCAAUAGCCCUGCUGAAACUGCUGUUGGAAAAAGGCUACUUAUACGACCGUGGGAAGGAGCUGAACUGUAAAAGCAUUCGAGACCUUGGCUUUAUUGCUGCAAUGGGAAAAGCUGGAGGAGGCCGCAAUGAAGUCGAUCCGAGAUUUAUUUCGUUAUUUAAUGUCUUCAAUGUACUAUUUCCUUCAGAAGAGUCUUUGCAUUUAAUUUAUUCCUCCAUCCUGAAAGGCCAUACCCUGGUGUUCCAUGACAGCGUUGCGGCUGUGAGCGACAAGUUGACGUUCUGCACAUUAGCACUUUACAAAAAUAUUGUGCAGGACCUACCUCCCACCCCUUCCAAGUUCCAUUACAUCUUUAACCUUCGAGAUCUCUCACGGGUUUUUAACGGUCUUGUCCUCACGAACCCGGAGCGGUUCCAGACAGUGACCCAGAUGGUGAGAGUCUGGAGGAACGAGUGUCUGAGAGUCUUCCAUGACCGACUGAUCAAUGGAACAGACAAGCAGCUGGUACAAGAUCACAUGGGAGCCUUGGUUGCAGAGCAUUUUAACGACAACAUGGAGCUGGUGAUGAGGGACCCCAUCCUAUUUGGAGACUUCCGGACGGCUCUGCAGGAAGAGGAAACACGCAUUUAUGAAGACAUCCAGGAUUAUGAGGCAGCCAAGGCUUUGUUCCAGGAAAUUCUUGAGGAGUAUAAUGAAAGCAACACCAAAAUGAACUUGGUUCUCUUUGAUGACGCCCUGGAGCAUCUGACCCAUGUGCAUCGCAUCAUUCGAAUGGACCGUGGUCACGCCCUGCUGGUUGGGGUCGGGGGCUCAGGGAAGCAGUCUCUUGCCAGGCUGGCUGCCUUCACGGCUGGCUAUGAGGUGUUUGAGAUCCUUCUGAGCCGAGGUUACUCUGAGAAUAAUUUCCGGGAAGACUUGAAGAACCUUUAUCUGAAACUUGGGAUUGAGAACAAAUUGAUGAUCUUCCUGUUCACGGACGCCCACGUGGUUGAGGAGGGCUUCCUGGAGCUCAUCAACAACAUGCUGACAUCAGGAAUCGUACCUGCACUUUUCACAGAAGAGGAAAAGGAGUCUAUCCUCAAUCAGAUUGGACAGGAAGCCUUGAAGCAAGGGAUAGGCCUGGCCAAGGAGUCUGUGUGGCAAUACUUCGUGAACAAGAGUGCAAACAGCUUGCACAUUGUCCUGGGCAUGUCGCCAGUGGGGGACACCCUGAGGACCCGGUGCAGAAAUUUCCCAGGGCUGGUAAAUAACACUGGCAUUGACUGGUUCAUGCCCUGGCCUCCCCAAGCCCUGCAUGCAGUUGUGAAGUCAUUUUUAGGGAAUAAUCCAAUGAUACCAGCAGAAAAUAUGGAAGGGGUAGUGCAACAUGUCGUUUUGGUCCACCAAUCUGUGGGUGAAUUCAGCAAACAAUUUCUACAGAAACUGAGGCGUAGUAACUACGUAACUCCCAAGAAUUACCUUGAUUUCAUUAACACAUAUUCAAAAUUACUGGAUGAGAAAACUCAGUAUAAUGCAGCUCAGUGCAAACGCCUGGAAGGAGGGCUGGACAAGCUGAAGGAGGCCACCAUUCAGCUAGAUGAGCUCAACCAGAAGCUGGCUGAGCAGAAGAUCGUGCUGGCAGAGAAGUCUGCUGCAUGCGAGGCCCUGCUGGAGGAGAUUGCCACCAACACAGGCAUAGCGGAGGAAAAGAAGCAGCUCGCGGAAGAAAAAGCCACGGAGAUAGAGGAGCAAAACAAGAUCAUCGCAGUGGAGAAGGCUGAGGCCGAGACAGCCCUUGCCGAGGUCAUGCCCAUCCUGGAGGCUGCCAAGCUGGAGCUGCAGAAGCUGGACAAAUCAGAUGUGACUGAGAUUAGGUCCUUUGCUAAGCCCCCGAAACAGGUGCAGACGGUGUGUGAGUGCAUCCUCAUCAUGAAAGGGUACAGAGAGCUCAACUGGAAAACCGCCAAGGGCAUGAUGUCCGACCCGAAUUUCCUGAGGUCUCUGAUGGAGAUUGAUUUUGAUUCAAUUUCUCAGAGCCAAGUUAAAAAUAUCAGAGGCCUCUUGAAGACUCUCAACACCACAACAGAAGAAAUGGAAGCUGUGAGCAAAGCAGGCUUAGGGAUGCUCAAGUUUGUUGAAGCUGUGAUGGGCUACUUUGAUGUGUUCAGAGAAAUAGAGCCCAAAAGAGAAAAGGUGGCCAGGCUGGAGCGCAACUUUUACCUCACUAAACGUGAACUAGAAAGGAUCCAGAAUGAGCUGGCAGCGAUCCAGAGGGAACUGGAAACUCUGGGAGCCAAAUAUGAGGCAGCCAUACUGGAAAAGCAGAAGCUGCAGGAGGAAGCCGAAGUCAUGGAGAGGCGGCUGAUCGCUGCGGACAAACUCAUCUUAGGGCUGGGGUCUGAGAACCUCAGGUGGCGGAACGAUCUGGACGAGCUGAUGCACCGUCGGGUGAAGUUACUCGGGGACUGCCUGCUCUGUGCAGCUUUCCUGAGCUACGAGGGUGCGUUCACAUGGGAGUUCCGCUGUGAGAUGGUCGACCACGUCUGGCAGAAUGACAUCCUGGAGCGGGAGCUUCCCUUGAGCCAGCCUUUCCGAUUAGAAAGCCUGCUCACGGAUGAUGUUGAGAUCAGCAGGUGGGGUUCCCAGGGAUUGCCCCCUGAUGAGCUCUCGGUUCAGAAUGGCAUCCUUACCACCAGGGCCAGCCGCUUCCCUCUCUGCAUCGACCCCCAGCAGCAGGCCCUCAACUGGAUCAAGAGGAAAGAGGAGAAAAACAACCUGCGGGUGGCUUCCUUUAAUGACCCUGACUUCCUCAAGCAGCUGGAAAUGUCCAUAAAAUAUGGGACUCCUUUCCUGUUCCAGGAUGUGGAUGAGUACAUCGAUCCUGUGAUUGAUAAUGUCUUAGAAAAAAAUAUAAAGGUCUCUCAGGGGCGGCAGUUUAUCAUACUGGGAGACAAGGAAGUGGACUACGAUUCAAAUUUCAGAUUGUAUCUGAACACCAAACUGGCCAAUCCCAGAUACACCCCAUCUGUGUUUGGGAAAGCGAUGGUGAUCAAUUACACAGUCACACUAAAAGGCCUCGAGGACCAGCUGCUGAGCGUGCUGGUGGCCUAUGAGAGACGCGAGCUUGAGGAGCAGCGGGAGCACCUCAUCCAGGAGACGAGCGAGAACAAGAACCUGCUGAAGGAUCUGGAAGAUUCCCUCCUUCGGGAACUAGCAACCUCCACAGGGAACAUGUUGGACAAUGUGGAGCUGGUGCAGACCCUGGAGGAGACAAAAUCCAAAGCUAUGGAGGUAUCAGAGAAGCUCAAGCUGGCAGAGAAGACAGCCUUGGACAUCGACAGGUUGAGGGACGGCUACCGGCCUGCUGCCAGGAGGGGGGCUAUCCUGUUCUUCGUGCUGUCUGAGAUGGCCCUUGUGAAUUUCAUGUAUCAGUACUCCCUGAUUGCCUUUCUAGAGGUCUUCAGGUUUUCCCUUAAGAAGUCACUGCCUGAUUCCAUUCUUAUGAAGCGAUUGAGGAACAUUAUGGACACGUUGACCUUUAACAUCUAUAACUAUGGUUGCACAGGGUUGUUUGAGAGGCAUAAGCUGCUCUUUUCUUUCAAUAUGACUAUCAAGAUAGAACAAGAGGAAGGAAGAAUCCCCCAGGAAGAAUUAGAUUUCUUUUUAAAAGGAAACAUUUCCCUGGAGAAAAGCAAAAGAAAAAAGCCUUGUGCUUGGUUGUCCGACCAGGGAUGGGAAGAUAUCAUUCUUUUAUCAGAAAUGUUUUCAGACAACUUUGGGGACCUUCCUGAUGACAUUGAGAAGCAUCUGCCCAUCUGGCAGGAGUGGUACGACCUGGAUUCCCUUGAGCAGUUUCCAUUUCCCUUGGGUUAUGAUAACAACAUCACCCCUUUCCAAAAGUUGCUUAUUUUGCGCUGUUUCCGUGUGGAUCGGGUCUACCGGGCAGUGACCGACUAUGUGACUGAAACAAUGGGAGAGAAAUAUGUGCAGCCCCCCAUGAUCAGCUUUGAAGCCAUCUUUGAGCAGAGCACGCCAAACUCGCCCAUUGUGUUUAUCCUGAGUCCCGGUUCUGACCCUGCCAGUGACCUUAUGAAAUUAGCUGAGCGCAGUGGCUUUGGAGGAAACCGCCUUAAACUCCUUGCCAUGGGUCAAGGUCAAGAAAAGCUGGCCCUGCAGCUGCUGGAGACGGCAGUGGCUCGUGGGCAAUGGCUGAUGCUGCAGAACUGCCACCUCCUGGUCAAGUGGCUUAAAGAUCUGGAGAAGUCCCUGGAGAGGAUCACCAAGCCCCACCCAGACUUCCGCCUGUGGCUCACCACCGACCCCACCAAGGGCUUCCCCAUCGGGAUUCUGCAAAAGUCCUUGAAGGUUGUCACAGAGCCCCCCAAUGGGCUCAAACUAAACAUGAGAGCAACUUACUUCAGAAUCUCUCACGAAAUGCUGGAGCAGUGUCCACACCCUGCAUUCAAGCCCCUGGUCUAUGUGCUGGCAUUUUUCCAUGCUGUGGUCCAGGAAAGAAGGAAGUUUGGGAAGAUUGGGUGGAAUGUGUACUACGACUUCAAUGAGUCUGAUUUCCAGGUCUGCAUGGAGAUUCUGAACACGUAUUUAACAAAAGCCUCCCAGCAACACGACCCUAGGGUCCCGUGGGACAGCCUCAAGUACUUAAUUGGAGAGGUCAUGUAUGGAGGACGGGCGAUUGACAGCUUUGACCGGCGUAUCCUGACCAUCUACAUGGAUGAGUACCUGGGCGACUUCAUUUUUGAUACUUUCCAGCCCUUCCACUUCUUCCAGAACAAGGAAGUGGACUAUAAAAUCCCCAUCGGUGAUGUAAAGGAAAAAUUUGUUGAAGCCAUUGAGGCCCUCCCGCUAGCCAACACGCCUGAAGUGUUUGGCCUUCAUGCCAAUGCUGAGAUUGGGUAUUACACUCAGGCAGCUCGAGACAUGUGGGCUCACCUGCUGGAGCUGCAGCCUCAGACAGGGGAAUCCAGCAGUGGCAUCAGCCGAGAUGACUACAUUGGCCAUGUGGCCAAGGACAUAGAAAACAAGAUGCCCAAAGUCUUUGACUUGGACCAGGUCAGGAAGCAGCUGGGGAUCGGAAUCUCCCCCACUUCAGUGGUGCUCCUGCAGGAGCUGGAGCGCUUCAACAAGCUUGCUGUGCGGAUGGCCAAGUCUCUGGCUGAACUUCAGAGGGCCUUGGCUGGAGAAGUUGGAAUGAGCAAUGAGUUAGACGAUGUAGCAAGGUCUCUUUUUACUGGGCAAAUCCCUCUUAUCUGGAGAAAGCUUGCCCCUGAUACCUUAAAGUCCCUUGGAAACUGGAUGCUUCACCUCCUGCGGCGGCUCAGCCAGUACUCAUCAUGGGUCAAUGAGAGCGAGCCCAGUGUGAUGUGGCUCUCAGGGCUGCACAUCCCAGAAUCCUAUCUCACCGCCCUGGUGCAGGCCACCUGCCGGAAGAACGGCUGGCCGCUGGACCAUUGCACCUUGUUCACGCAAGUGACCAAGUUCCAAGAUGCAGAUGAAGUGAAUGAGCGUGCAGGACAAGGAUGCUUUGUCUCAGGACUGUACCUAGAAGGCGCUGACUGGGAUAUAGACAAAGGAUGUCUUAUCAAGAGCAAACCCAAGGUGCUGGUUGUUGACCUGCCCAUCCUGAAGAUCAUCGCCAUUGAAUCCCAUCGCCUCAAACUGAAGAAAACCUUUCGGACACCUGUCUACACCACCUCCAUGAGAAGGAAUGCCAUGGGAGUUGGCUUGGUUUUUGAAGCCGAUCUCUUCACCACGAAGCACAUUUCUCACUGGGUACUGCAAGGGGUAUGCCUCACCCUGAACUCUGAUUAACCCUUUGGGUGAAGAAAACUGCAUUAUGGAUUCUAGGCCCAUGGCUGGCAAUGGAAAUGCGGGGUAUUUGUGAAGAACCAUCAAGUCUCUUGUCACUUCUUGGGGCCUCUCAAGAGGCAAGAGGGGGAUUGACACUGAUUUUCGUUUGAAAUUGGCAGUUUAAAUCUCUUUUCUUAUAAAUUAACCUGAAUUGUUUUGUUUUCUCAACAAUUUUUUAAGGAUUCUAUGUGUUUGAAAAGUGAAUACUAGAGAGCAUUUUAAGAUGUGUUGGCGUCUUUUCCUUCUCAGAGGAAACAUGAUUAGGCAAAAGUGCCUGGCAUGUCACUCGCACAAGUGAACUCUCUAAGAUCAGAUCUCAAAGGCAUGGUUCUGACAUCCAGGGCUAUUUUUGCAGGUGCCUUUUUUUGACAAGAGCUGUCUGCUGAGGUGUGAGGAGAAGACCAAGGCUGUUUUUAGGAGCAGGCAGAGUCCCCCUUCCCUGGGCUGGUGAUGCUGGGCACAGAGCAGAGGUGGCCACAGUCACCAUAGCCACUCCUCCCCGUCUGAACUCUCUGGCCCAGCUCCUUGGGCUCUGGCCUGCCAGUGUGUGGGUGAGGCCCUUGAGCUUGGGGUUCAAUUCCUGUAUGAGCUCCUA